UGGGCGGUUGAACGUCGAUUGCCCUUGAUCAGUGGCUGAGGGUGGGGAAAAAAGGAGACAUACAGAUACAAGGGAUGUUUAGCUGGUGUAAGGGAAAUUUUUGGGACGAGAGGGGACCCCUUCCCUCCGACCCUGACAGCAACCACAAACACCAACGCACGGCGGCGGCGGAGAGCAACAACCCGGCUUUCGCACAACCUCUGCACAGGUAAAUCACUCAAGAAUGCUCACUGUUCCGUACAGGAAAACCCCUAGAAGUAAGAACCGUAGUUCUUAUCAACUAAAUUGAGAGAAAACGAAAGAAAGACAGAAAAAGAAAAGGGGAUUGAGCAAUUCGAGGGGGUCGGCCUCCACAAAUUGCUAAUAGCAAUUGACUGAAAUUUCUGUUCGGUAAGUAGCCAUACGGCGUCUAGCAAGGAAAGGAAUUGAUGGACGAGGAUGCAUCAUUGUUGGAGUUAUCUCUUCCACGAGAUAUUCUCUCGCCAUUGUUUAGUGCUUCCAACUUAUCUUCCUUGGAAGAAGCUUUAGAAAAUCUUAUAGACGCUUCUAGAACUGAUGUUGGCCGCAAGGACCUUGCUUCCAAGAAAAUCCUGCCAACAGUUCUUCAGCUCACUCAUUCUCUCCCUUACCCUUCUGGUCAUCACCUUCUCAUAUCAUCUUUGAAGCUCCUCAGAAAUCUCUGUGCGGGAGAAGUUGCAAACCAGGAUGCUUUUAUCGAACGAAAUGGAGUUGGUGUUGUUUCGAAUGUUUUGAGGUCUGCUGCAGCUUUGUCCCAUCAGGAUUAUGGGAUUGUGCGUAUGGGGUUGCAGGUUUUGGCGAAUGCUUCUUUGGCUGGAGAGGAACAUCAGCGUGCUAUUUGGCAUUGUUUCUUUCCGGAGGAGUUUGCUGCACUUGCGAGAGUCCGAAGCAGGGAGACUUGUGAUCCUUUGUGUAUGGUUAUUUAUACCUGUUGUGAUGGAAGCACGGGACUGUUUACAGAGCUUUGCAAUGGUGUCGGGUUGUCUGUUGUGGAGGAAAUUGUACGGACUGCAUCUGCUGUUGGAUUUGGAGAGGACUGGUUGAAGUUGAUCCUUUCUAGAAUCUGCUUAGAAGAACCUUACUUCCCUCGAUUGUUCUCUAAAUUAAGCCUUGUCGAUGAUUCUAAAAUUGGUGAAGAUAUUGGAUCUGGAGAUGAUCUUGUUUUGUCAGAACAAGCAUUUCUUCUGAGUGUUGUAUCAGAGAUCUUGAAUGAGCGGCUUAACGAGAUUACUUUUCCCAAUGAUUUUGCUUUAUUUGUUUUUGGGAUAUUCAAGAGAUCUGUUGGGUAUAGUAAUUCUGUUUCGAGAUGCAAGUCUGGUCUUCCAACAGGCUCUUCUGCAAUAGAUGUUCUUGGAUACUCGCUAACCAUUUUGAGAGAUAUUUGUGCAUGCAAUAGCGAGAGAGGCCUGAAGAAGGAGGAUUCAGUGGAUGCUGUUGAUGUGCUACUAUCCUCUGGACUCAUAGAAUUGCUUUUAUGCUUGCUUGGCGAGCUUGAGCCCCCAGCUAUAAUCAGGAAAGCUCUCAAACAGGGUGAGAACAGAGAGAGAACAAGUUCUUAUUCAUCAAAGCCUUGUCAUUACAGAGGAUUUAGGAGAGACAUUGUUGCGGUCAUUGGCAAUUGUGCAUAUGGAAGGAAAAAUGUUCAAGAUCAAAUCAGACAAAAGAAUGGGAUUCUUCUGCUCUUACAACAGUGUGUUACCGAUGAAGACAAUCCUUUCUUGAGGGAAUGGGGCAUAUGGUGUGUGAGGAAUUUAUUGGAAUGGAACGCAGAAAAUCAACAAGCAGUAGCAGAAUUGGAGCUUCAAGGAUCUGUUGAUGUGCCUGAAUUAGCUGGACUUGGUCUCCGAGUGGAGGUGGAUCCAAAUACUCAUCGUGCAAAGCUUGUAAAUGUCUCAUGAUGAAGU